ACUGAGGGUUAUUACAGCAAGAUUGAAGGAAGCAUAAUAACCAUCACCACCAAAAAUGAAGCAAGCUGCAUUUUCAUCGAGGAUUCCGACAGGAUUGAGGGUUCCAAAAAGCUCCCGGGCCUACCAGGGAACUGAAGGUGACGGAUGUGGAGCGAAACGGGAUCGUUUAGCGGGCCAGAUCGUCAAAAAUGCAAACGAUCAACAAUCGGAGCUGAAAUCGGACUCAUCUAACAUUGCGGACAGGACAUGGAAUCAGGUAUGGAAUAAGGAAUACGUUUAUCCCGACGAGGACUGGAUUCAGAAUGAAACUCCUCCACCUUUAGUUCCCAGUGACAAUUACCAGGUAUGCUAUUGGGAUAAUAUUAUUUCAAAUAUUGAUUUAAUUGAGGACGAGACUCCGCCGCCGUUAGUUCCCAGUGAAACAAAUCUCGCGGAUGAAGACGAAGAUCUGUUUGAUUGGGAACCGAUAAAUGUUUCAGAGCUCGAGGAUGCCAUAUUCAGGAAACUGAAGGCAGAAAGAGAUCUCUGGAAAGCAAAAAUAGAGAAUGACAAAUUGCAACAGGAGAAUCUUCGGCUGAAGGCAACGAGAGGAGUCAGCCUACUUAGUCGUUGCUGUUUCAGAUUCUGCCUGUUUAUGGUAGGUGAGGUGGCGGAAUCAAUUCUUCAUUAAUUUUAGAAUAAUAAUUUAAAAUAAUGAGUUAAUG